AUGCAUGACGCUAGUCCGACGUCGGAACAGGCGACCUCCUUGCCCUCGUCCCUGCACAAUGUCUUGCUAGAGCUCUACCAGAAUUCCUAUCCCCAUGUCCCUAAUCCUCCGCAAUGCAAGAAACGCGCCUCCGUUACCCUAGUCCUUCGGGUACGAUCUACGUACAAACACCGGCCGGACCGACCCUCACUUCUCCAAAAUGAUGCCAACGCCCCCGUGCCAGAUCAGCUACGCACUUUUUUCUCCCAGCCGUGGGUGCAGAACGGGGACCCCGAGGUCCUAUUCAUCAAAAGAGCUUCGCGUGUUGGGGACCGCUGGACUGGCCAUGUGGCGCUUCCUGGAGGUAAACGAGAUCCAGAGGAUGCUGAUGAUCGAGCGGCCGCAAUUCGAGAAGCCUCGGAAGAGGUCGGCCUCGACCUAACGACCGACGAUUGCAUAUACGUGGGAAAUCUACCUGAACGGGUGGUAACAUCAAGCUGGGGCAGUGUUCCGUUGAUGGUCCUCUGUCCGUAUGUCUUCCUCCUAACAGGAUGCGACUCCCCCGUUCUCGAACUACAACCCGACGAAGUGGCAUCGACGCAUUGGGUAUCCUUAAACGUCCUCCUUUCACCUGCAUCACGAACUGUAGAGAAUGUCGACAUGACACAGCGGCUUGCGAAUACCGGGGGUCUAAUGGCUCGUCUAGCAAGCCGAACUAUGAUGGGCUAUAUGCAAUUCUCGGCCAUUAGCUUGAACCCUACUGAGACCUUGCAGUGCGGUACAAAUCUCAAACGCAACCUCGAGACUACUCAAGCCCCCACCUGGCUGCAAAGAUGCAAAUCAAUGCUCUGCAAAUCUCAGGCUAGCUCAAACCAAAAACCGCCGCUCCUUCUCUGGGGCCUAACACUCGGCAUACUAGCAGACUUUCUGGACAUGCUCCCUCCUCACACAGCCGUCCAACUGUGGAACUAUCCCACUUUCACCUCCCCUGAUUUGCGCCUUCUCAUAAACAUCCUUACCUACCAGUUGCGGAAACGCAAUGUGCACCAGGUCAAGUCCGGGGCGCGACGUCGGCCGAGCAAUACAGCUAUUGAUGGUGAAACGGCAGCGCUGCCGGUUAUUGAGGAGCGUGAGAGCGACGACCGUAACCAAGUCGGCAUUGGAGGGCUUGGGGUGGGAAGGUAUUAUGGUUCAUCUGAUAGGAGCCCCAAUGGGAGUGCGUAUGCAGUCGGCAUCAUGCUCAAGGGUUACUAUGAAAGGGUCCGAGUCGCCCUCUAUAUUUUCGUUGCCUGGAGAGUGACUAUGGGGUCUGUGGCGGCUUUAUGCGUUUGGAGAUAUCUCCGCCGAAAACUCAUUAUAUAA